CCUUAGUGGAGACCUCAACCAUGAGCGAUGGCAUGGGUCUCGGACUGGACCUGUCUGGGCUCGGCCAGGAGCCCAUGGCGCCCGCCGUGGACGUGACUCAGCUCACGGAAGCUAUCCGCCACAUCCUCAAGGACGCGGACCUGGAGCAACUUUCGCGUCGUAUGAUCCGCAAGCAGCUGGAGGCGCAGUUCCACACGGACCUUUCGAGCUACAAGGACGUGAUUAACGCCACGAUCCUGGAGGUCAUCGAGCAGCAACAGGUUGACGAGGAAGAGGAAGAAGAGGAGCCUGAACCGAGCGAGGACGAUGUUGACGCUGAUGACGAGCUGGAGGAGCGCAUACCCCGCAAAAAGACGGCUGUCAAGAAGAAGGCGACGCCUAAGAAACGCAAACGGAAGACAGAAGGAGAGGACGGCAAGAAAACUGGAGGGCGAGGUUUCAACGCGCAGCUGAGCUUGUCCCCGGAGCUCGCACAGGUUGUCGGAGCCGAGACAAUGGCUCGGCCGCAAGUCGUCAAGGCGCUCUGGGCCUAUAUCCGCGAGCACGACUUGCAGGACCCGAACAACAAGAAAAAUAUUCUGUUGGACGACACACUGCGUGGUGUGUUUCAACGAGACUCGUUCACUAUGUUCAGCAUGAACAAGUUCGUCAAGCGUCAUGUGCGCAAGCCUGACGACUUGCCGCCUGGAGGAUGGAGUCAGAUCCCUCGAGACGGCGUGUCAAGCGACGAGGACACAGAAGCGAAGGCUGCGAAGAAGAAACCGGCCAAGAAGAAGAAGAAAGCGGCCUCGACAGAUGAUGGAGACGAUGACGGCAAGAAGAAGAAGACAGGAUUCAAUGUGGAGCUGUCGCUGUCGCCCGAGCUGGCCUCGCUCACGGGUAGCGACCGCAUGGCACGGCCCCAGAUCGUGAAAGCAUUAUGGGCGUACAUCCAUGAACAUAAUUUGCAGGAUCCGGAUGACAAGCGCUCGAUUCUGCUGGACGAUAGGAUGAAGCAAGUAUUUCAACGGGACUCGUUCACCAUGUUCUCUAUGAACAAGUUCAUCAAGCGCCAUGCACGUAAGGCUGAAGAUUUACCGCCUGGUGGCUGGGCCGAAAUACCGCGCAACGGAUUAUCGAGUGACGAGGACGAGGCCAAGACUAAGAAGAAGCCACGAAAAGCCAACUAA